ACCGCCGCUCGCGAACGCUGUCGACCGCGUUUUGACGCUGCGACUGUUGCGUCACCAUGACAACGUUUGAGUACGAGCCAGAGAGACUGAUCGAGGAGGUCAAGAAACGGCCCGGCAUAUGGGACAGCGAUGACCCCGGGUACAAAUCCAAGAACCAGCGACACAGACUGUGGCUCGAAGUGAUUAGGGAAGUUGCCGGCAAGGACAUUAAUGUAUCGAAGAGUGAGCUGCGUGAAUUGGAGCUUCAGAUCCAGAAGAAAUGGAAAAGCAUACGGGAUUGCUUCCAGAAGUACCUGGUGAAUCCAAACCGAUCCCGGCGACCCUACAUCUACAGUCGACAACUGGAGUUCCUAUUGAAGCGUCACACGUUACCUAAACGUGAUGGCAGCAGCGAUUCGGAAGACGGAGCCAAGCGAUCACACGUCAUAGAUUGGAAGCACAAGAAGAAGCUAAGAUUGAGUAGACCCAGUUCAGAUGAAGAGGAUACGUAUGAGGAUGAGAGACAAGACGAUAUAGAAGUCGAAAUCCCGAAUCUGUCCAACAAUAGUAAGCCAAUGGUGACGGAAUUCGCAUUUGCAAAUGUGGAUGCUAGAGAUGUUCUUAGCAAGCCGAAUUUAGACGGCGAAGAGCCUGAAAAGAUGUUUCUUCUGUCGCUUCUACCGCAUCUGAAAGCAAUACCAGAACAGUACCGGUUGAACGUGAAAAUGGACAUAAUGCAGGUGAUAAGGAACGCUAGUUACCAAGUCAAUCACGACCAGAAGAGUAUUAUUUAGGACGUCCUAUGAGCGCCAGUGAUCUCUGUCGCAGUGUACAAACUGGACAGACACAAAGAAUCACAUGUGUGGAAAGGUAUUCGCCAUAUGGGGGACGCAAUAAUUCGCCAUGUAACCAUCUAAAUUUUAAAACUUAUAUGAAUCAUGUGCUUCCCUUAUACAAUGUGUUUAUAUAAAUUUUUGGCUCACUGUAUCAAGAUAUACGAGACUUACAGACGGAUAAAGCGAGCAAAAAAACAAGAACAUCUCUAACGGAGAUACGGCAAGAUAUAAAACGAAUUCGAAUCAAUUGUUACUACAACCGAUUUUGAUAGAAAAGUCGUAAACAGCCAGCCACACUUGGAACUAGGUCCGUGGUAUUUUGAAUAUUGAAGCAAAUAUUCACACAUCAAAAUUGGUCACGCUUUCAGGUCAUCUAUAUGCUAUUAUAUUCUAAGUCUAUCGUUAAAUUAAAUAAUUUCAAUACAAUCACUUCCGGAAAAUAUGUCAAUUGUCAGCCACUGAAAUGCGUAUGCAAUUCAGUAAUUGGUUAAUUCAUCAACGGGUAAUUGAAUUAAUGGGCUUUCCUACUCAGUUCGUCCGUUGGCAGUUUUGUUUAUGCAAUAUUUUCAUUCGUAGUAUAAAAUGAAAAAUUGUCACUAAAAAGUUAAGUAUUUCAGCUAACUAGUAGAUGUGUCUUGUAUAGUUAUUACAGUCACAAAGCAAGCAUAUUCCUGUACUUUAAGAUUUUUUUUUUAAUUGAAAGAAUUAUAAUGUUUAGGUUAGGGUCUGUCCUUAUUGUAGUACUUUUUGUACCUAAUGGUUAUUUUUUUUUGUUUUUCGGAAUAAUAAGGUAACGUCGAAAAUGUUGUAAUUACUGUUGUACAAAUAAGUGUUGUUUAAGUUU